UUAUGCUUUAUUUGAUUGAUACAUUUUGUCUGGUUGUUCAAUCUGUCCAUAGUCCGUACGUCUUGUGUGUGCACCAGGUGGCAGACUUUCCCUGUAAAACGGAUACCUCAAGCCCAUUGACAUCACUCUUUGCGACUGCCAAGUACAGAACAUGACGUCAUCAAAAGCGUCUAGUUUAGAGGAGCGAAUAAUAAAUAUCUCAGUUUUCACACUCACAAAUUUCUAAUUAGGCCUUGUUUAUGGCUGAUAACCACGGGAACCCUGUACGCCACGGAGUUUAAUACGAGCAAAUAUGUCAGCACAAAAGGACUGCGAUUUCUUAGUGAAACGAGCUCGGGAUCUUGUGUCCGAGGACCCGUGUGCAGCCAAAGCUUGGCUGAUAACCGCUCGAACCCUGUAUCCCACAGACUUCAAUAUACAGUAUGAGAUGUACACCAUUGAGAGAAAUGCAGAGAAGACGACUUCAGCGGGCAGACUUCUGUACGACAUGUUCAUAAAUUUCCCUGAUCAGCCUGUUGUAUGGCGGGAGAUUACUGUCAUCACUGCAGCCCUGCGGAGCGACUGUCAGGACAAACAGGCUCAGUUCCUACGAGGUCUAUUUGAAACCUUGCCUGGACCAGUGCAGUGUGAGAUGCUGCUGAAGGCCACAGAACAAUGCUUCAACACACUGGAGAAGGCUGAGAUGCUGCUGCUGUUGCUGAGACGCUUUCCAGAGUCUGUGGUCCAACACGGCGUCAAUCUGGGAGAGUCCCUCCUAGAGGCGGAGGCCGCUGAAAAACUGGAGACACCUGUCAACUGUUUCAGGAAGCUGUUUGUGUGUGACGUCCUCCCGUUGAUCAUAAAGAACAUGGACAUGCGUCUGCCUACCAGUCUUCUGCAGAAGUACAUGCUAAAGGCAGCUGAGUUCUACAUCGGUUAUGUCACCCGGGGCCCCUCGGCGGACGGGCAGCUGCAGGGUAAAGCUCUAAACGGCACUCACGAGGGUGGUGGUCUGAAGUCUCCCGGUGUUCCCCGGGGGUCCCAGCGCUGUGUAAUCGAGGGGCUGUCUGAGAAGUCGUCCGUGGUGUCCGAGCCUUGGGAGAGACUGCUGGACAUCUUAGCUGUGGUCGGGACUCGUUGCGAGUGGCAGGGGGACAAGGGACAGAGGGGCUUCGUGGAGAUUCUGCAGCGGGUUAAGGAGCUGUGUCGCUACCUGUCCAAUCUGGAGGGUGAGACACGGUUACGCUACUGCAGUCAGGUGGUCAUCUGUGCCUCCCUGGUCCUCUUCCGCAGCGCUUACCUCUACGUCUCGACUAUACAGCCUGCUCUGUUCCAGGGUGUAAAUGCAUUGGCCUCCGGGCCGUGGAUUCUGCUGGAGGACCUGAGCUCAGUGUACAUGGAGGCGGAGCUGGAGAGAGGAGCAGGGAAACACACACACAAGAAACGCAAACUGGCAGACGGACGCGAAAAGACCAUGAGCUCAGACGAUGAGGAGGGGUUUGGGAAGGGGCGUGGCCGGCACAUCCUGGUCAACAAAACAGAGUUGCCCGGGUGGGCGGAGACUCUGGAGAGCUUCCGUUUGGCCAGGGAGAGCUGGGAGCUCCUCCACUCACACAGCUGCUUGGAGACGGAAUUCAGCAAGAUCUGUGCCUCCUGGAAAACAGACAGCUGGCUCUGGUUCAGAAUAUUCCUUACAGACAUGAUCAUCUACCAGGGACAGUACCGUAAAGCCCUGUCCAGUCUGCUCCAGAUGGCUGUGUUCCAACACACCCAGUCUGGACUCAACUCCCCGGGACAGAGUAAUCUGGAACAUCAACGGACCCUCAUCCAGCAGGCCUCCUGCCACUACGCCCUGGGAGAGUACAGGAUGGCUUGUGAAAAGGUGCUUGAGGUUGUUGGUGGGCUGGUCCCCCAAAGUCACGAUCCGGUCAAGAAUACUGAGGAUCAAGGCAAAGCUAAGGGGAAGCCAAAGAAAGGCAACGACCUGAGACUGCUGCCCUGUACGAAUAAAUCGAUCCUCCCCUUUUGUCUACAGCUGAUGCUGGCCUGUUUUAAGCUGCGUGCCUUCACGGAGAGCAGAGAUGACCUGUCCCUGGGUCAUGUGGUCGUGCUCCUGCAACAUGAUUGGCCACAGGGAGAAUCAAUGUUUCUGAAAGCGAUUGACAAGAUCUGUCAACAGGGCAGCUUCCAGUAUGAGAACUUCUUCAACUACGUCACCAAUAUUGAUAUGCUGGAGGAGUUUGCGUAUUUGCGCACUACAGAGGGGGGGCGGGUCCAACUGGAACUCCUGCCCAAUCAAGGAAUGCUAAUCAAGAACCCUAGCCCCUCCCCGGGAGGGGAGUUAAACACCCUGCUGCUCCCUGGGGUUCAGACGCCCGACAGGCACCAUACGGUAACCCGUGGAAUCACUAAAGGGGUGAAGGAGGACUUCCGCUUGGCCAUGGAGAGGCAGGUGUCACGCUGUGGGGAGAACCUGUACACCGUCCUCCACCGCUUCUGUAUCAACGAGAAGAUCAUGAUCAUUCAAUCUCUGCCAUGACCUCUGACCCCGUCACAGUCGCAUGGGUCGUCUGAUGUUGUAAACAGCUGGGACCCAGAACCUGUCUCUUAGCAGUCUGAAAUCAGUCUGAAAGUGAAUAACUGGUCACUGUUUCGUGCAGCUUGUUCGCCCAGGAGGCUAUCGUCGUUUUCAUUGAGACCUGACCAUUGAUGAACGGUCAUCAUAUGACCAAAUACCACAAAGACCUAUGACAAGGAAGAUUCUUUGUUAUUUUCUUUCAUAGCUUUGUGGUGUCAAUCUCAUGAGGGUGAAAUAUUUGGCCACUUUUUGUACUACCUGCCUUAAAAUAAAUUGUCUACUUCAUAGGAUGACUUAGUAACAAGGCAGAAUUUCUCUGGGAAACAUACCAUUACUGAGGAGAAUAAAGAUUUGUAAAGUCUA